AUGGCUAUAGGGUGGCAUGAGCUCGUUGUAUCUGUGUACAAAAGGGGUAUGUCGUCGCAUGCUCCGUUGCAGAGGUUUGCAGGUCGCUUUAAAUCGGGCGAUGGGGAUGAUGCAAUCACAUCCGUCCGGCCUCACCUACACUGCGGCGUCACCAACAUCCUCGUGGGCGUGUGGUGCGAGAGCGAGCGAGAUCAGGUGUUAGUGAGGGUGUAUGGUAACAACACCCACCUCUUUAUCGACAGGCAAGAGGAAAUUAACACAAUGAAGGUCAUUCACGAGGCUGGCUGCGGACCCGAGGUGUACGUGGCGUUCACUAACGGCCUAUGUUACGCGUUCACUCCCGGCGUUCCUCUUACGUUCAAGAGCGUAACUCACGAGAACGUGUGGAGGGCGGUGUCCAAGCAGGUCGCCAAGAUACAUAAGAUACAGCCGGGCGACAAAAAGAACCCGAUGUUGUUCCCGAAACUACGGAAGUUCCUCUCCCUCCUUCCGGAUUCCUUCCCCGAUGCCGAAAAGCAGAAAAGAGUCGUGGCGUCGGGCUGCACCAAAAAGAUGCUGAGUCAGAUGUCAGACGAGCUGGAGGCCCACCUGGUGCCCUUAGGCUGCCCGGUGGUCUUCUGCCACAACGACCUCCUCGUCAGGAACAUCAUCUGGGACGACGACCACGGCAGCGUCACCUUCAUCGACUUCGAGUACGCGGCGCCCAACUACCAGCCGUUCGAUAUCGCCAACCACUUCAAUGAGUACUCGGGAAUGGAGGAACUGGACUGGACGCGGUACCCAAGCCCCGAGGUACAGCGGUCGUGGCUACGCAGCUACCUUUCCGAGUACCAGGGCGUGGUGGAGGACGAGGUCACUCUGCAAGACAUCGAACUCUGGAGAGGCUGGGUCACGAAAUUCACUCUAGCGUCUCACCUCCUGUGGGGCGUCUGGGGGCUUCUGCAGGCCUGCCAUUCCUCGCUGGACUUCGAUUACAUCACUUACGGCAUAUCUCGCGUCGCCGAGUAUAAGCGGAGGAAGGAGGAAAUAUUUCGCCUGGACGUCGCCAUGAAGUAACAGAGAGACAUUUUGAAGACGAGAAAGUUCCAAUAAUCUUUCUCCUCGUUUUUUUUUGGAAGAAUAAAUGGCUACUCGGCAAUAUGGAGGAAUUGCUGUUUAUUAAGAUAAUUGGAUAUAUGUUUUUUUAAAGAGCUAAAUAUGCAAAAUCUGACAAGUCUAACUUUAUCUUACCUAUAUAAUAAUAAUAAUAAUAAUAAUAAUAAUAAUAAUAAUAAUAAAAAAUGUACAAUUUGUUAUUUUUUAAUAUAUGUUACAGCUGGAUUCUGAUAUAUUACGAUUAAUUACACUGGAGUUGCGAUUAAUUACUAUUAUAUGAUUUAUACUAAUAUAACCCUCGGAAAAAAGACCCUUUGUGUUGGCUUAACGAAUCACUCAUGUUUUAUUUGCAAAGAAACAUGAUUUGAAUAUGGCUUUGUGAGAUACACAUUAUAUGUGAAUGAGCACA